AUGGAGCCAGACAGAACUCAGAUAAAACUUGACCCCAGGUACACAGCAGGUCUUCUGGAGUUACUGAAAACCAACUACAGCGUCCCUUCUGCCUGCUUCUCUCACGCUCCCACUGCAGCCCAGCUUCUGAGAGCUCUGGGUCCUGCAGAAAUUGCCCUCACAGUCAUUAUGACUUUGUUCACCCUGGGCUCGGUCAUCAUCUUCCUGGAAGAUGCUGUCUACCUGUACAAGAACACUCGAUGCCCCAUCAAGAGGGGGACCCUGCUCUGGAGCAGCUCUGCACCCACGGUUGUGUCUGUGUUCUGCUGUUUUGGUCUCUGGAUCCCUCGUUCCCUCAUGCUCGUGGAAAUGGCCAUAACCUCGUAUUACGCGGUAUGCUUUUACCUGAUGAUGAGAGUCAUGGUGGAAGGCUUUGGUGGGAAGGAGGCGGUACUGAGGAUACUGAAGGACACUCCAAUGAUGGUCCAUACAGGCCCCUGCUGCUGCUGCUGUCCCUGCUGCCCCCCACUAAUGCUCACCAGGAAGAAGCUUCAGCUGCUGAUGCUGGGCCCAUUCCAGUACGCCUUCUUCAAGAUAACACUGAGCCUGGUGGGCCUGUUUCUCAUCCCUGAUGGCAUCUAUGACCCAGCAGACAUUUCUGAGGAAAGCACAGCUCUGUGGAUCAACACUGUCCUUGGUGUGUCCACACUGUUGGCUCUCUGGUCCCUGGCCAUCAUCUUCCGUCAAGCCAAGAUGCACCUGGGCGCACAGAAUAUAGGAGCCAAAUUUGUCCUCUUUCAGGUGCUCCUCAUCCUGACUGCCCUGCAGCCAUCCAUCUUCUCAGUCUUGGCCAACAAUGGGCAGAUUGCAUGUUCACCUCCCUAUUCCUCUAAAAUCAGGUCUCAAGUGAUGAAUUGCCACCUCCUGGUACUGGAGACUUUUCUAAUGACUGUGCUGGCACGCAUGUACUACCGAAGGAAAGACAACAAGGUUGGAUAUGAACCUUUUUCUUCCUCAAACCUGGAUUUGGUCCAAGGUGGACAUUGAAAAAGACACUGUACACAUUAAACGGGCACAAGAUUUCCUUACAGUCCCUCAACGUUGACCAAACGGGGAUGGAUUCCAUUUUCAGCACAAGCUGGCAGAUUACAUUUGACUGUGAGAGAUGAAGGAGAAUUAUGUAAUAGGAUGGAAUUAUUUUGGAUCUUGCCUGGAGAAGGUAUUUUAAGUUUUACAAUAAACAGGAUAGAGUUUAAAAUUCUAUAAUUGUACUGUAUGGUGACUAACAUAAUAAAAAAAACUCUUACCAAAAAAAAAAAUUCUGUAAUUGGGUACAUUGCCUCUGUGGGUGACACUAUUAGCCCUUGAAGUUUGUAUACUGAAAGGUCACUCUGAGUUUUCCCAAAGCCAAUGAAAGGGGGGAAAAUAUAUGGUAGUUUGCCUGCUAUAAGAACAGGAGUAGAAGUCAACCAGGCAAACCCUUAUGUUUAUUGCAGCAUUAUUCACAAUAACCAAGACAUGGAACCAACCUAAGUGUCCAUCAAUAGAUGAAUGGAUAAGGAAA